AUGGAAAAUAGCUUCCGCUCGACCGUGCUCCAGCGGCCUCACCGCGGCGCAGACGACGACGAACGCGACGGGAAGCCCCUGCAGCACCAUCACCAGCAUCAGCAUCAGCAUCAGCAUCAGCACCACCACCAGCUGCGCGACAUGAGGAGCCCGAGCCCGACGCGUGGCAAGGCCGAAGCCGAUGCAGGCGCUGCCGCCGACGCCGCCAUCGUCGCUCCCUCCCGCCGAGAGCACUCGCACUCGCACUCGGCCUUCCACCUGCGAUCGCCCACCCGCACGCACGCCGAGUACAAGGCCGCUCCCGCUCCCUACCCUUCGCCCGGCAGCAAUGCGAACAGCACGGCCAAGGCGGCCAAGGCCAACUCCGACGCCGCCGACGCCGAAGCCCGCGGGGGCUCGCAUCCUCCAUCGCCCUCGCGACGCGGCAGCCAUAAACACCACUCCGCCAGCCCGUACCUGUCCUCGUCGAAAUCGACACCUGCCGGUGCUGCCCGUUCGCUGCCGCCGCUGCCGUCGGCGGCCGGUCCUGGCCUCGCCUCGACGACACCAUCCUCGGUGAGCAACCAUCACCAACCGCCGGCGCCCGACUCGCCUCGUCGCGGCCACGGUGCCGGCUACUAUCCCGCACCUCCCGCAUCCUCCUCCUCGUCGACCAAGCCGGCCUCGGGAAGCUUCUACGAUCCCACGACCGACACGACCAAGGAACGCCGCGUCUCAGAUGCUGCUGGCUGGGCCGCCACGCCAAAGGCAACACAGCACCGUACACCACCACAAACCUACCCAUCUAACCUUGCCUUUCACUUUCGCCCCUUUCCACACCCACCUCAGCCCAUCCAACAUCAUCACCGCGAGAAUCCAUCCUCGCCCACUCCUCCCCCUUCUCCAGCGCCGUCUCCUUCUCUCCUUUCUCCCUUCUCUCCUUCCCGCCUGUCCACCCUCCCCUCUUCCCUCCGUCCCGUUCACCAUGACUGCACGUACUCUGGAAGGCCACAGCUCUCUAACCUGAAACGUUGGCAUCAGGCUCGCGAUCCCUAUCCGUCGUACUCGCAACCCGCCACAGAGAAGCAUCAGUCGUCGUACCUAAACGGCUCCUACUCGUCGCCUGGGGCCUCGUCCUACAAUCGAUCUCGCAGCCCGCUCUCCCACGCUCACCCCACCGCCCUGCCGGCCGGCUCCCGCAGUCCCCCGGGUCGGCAGGCUCAGAUGGCUUCGCCGUCGUCGAGGCAUGCCCCCCCGGCGACCCCCAACGGCUCGGCAGCUCCUGCUGUCGUCAAGUCGGAGCCAGCCGCCGCCUCGCCUCCAAAGGCCGCUUCGGCGUCGAAAAAUGUGAGUGAGACCGAGCCUUGCUCUCACACGCUUGCCGUGCCGUGCCGUACGCUGACGGACAAGCAGACGGCCAACCGUGCCGAUCCAAUGUCCUUCUCCAAUAUUCUUUCCAGCUCCGAACCCGUAGCGAAGCCCGUCGAUCGACCGAGCGCCGUCGAAACUCCCAAGCCGCCGCCUGAGCCCGUGCCCGAAUCCAACCCCGAACCCAAGAAGCACGAGUCCAAGAAGCACGAGUCCAAGAAGCACGAGGCCAAGAAGCACGAGGCCAAGAAGCACGAGUCCAAGAAGCACGAGGCUAAAAAGCACGAGUCCAAAAAGCAUGGGCCCAAGCACGGGCCCAAGCACGAGCCGGAACGUGAUGUCGACAUGGACACCGAAGUGGAAAAGGAUGCCGAGACGGAGCACGAGUCGACGGCGCCUACGGCGAAGCGGAGCGAGAUCGUGGUCAAGAAAAAGCCCGCGCGCCGUUCCACCAAGGGCCGCGCCUCAGACAUCCGGGAUGCCGAAGUGCCCAAGAGCAAACGGAGGUCGUCGUUGAAGAAGGAAUCGCCCGCCCCUCGCCCCUCGGCCAAGCGUCAGGCCAACGGGCAGCCGAAGCCCCGCACCUGGUCGAGCGAGAUGGAGAAGAAGAUCCAGAACGCCGAGCUGCAGAUCGACAACGAGGUCGCCAAGCUCGACGCCACCGAAUUCGACGAGGAUGCCUACCGGGACCGCGCCAGCAAGCGCCGACGCCUCAUGGCCGACCGGGACGCCGAGCAAGCCCGCCUGCGCCUCGACGACUACGUCGUGACGGCCGGCAAGAAGCUCAUGGGCCACGCCGAGCUCGGCAAGCGCCGGUACGAUGACGUGUUCUACGACGAGGCCCUCAACGAAGUCCGCGACCAGGAGCUCCACGCCGAGAAGGAGCGCAAGAAGGACAUGCAGCGCAAGCGCCGUCGCGAAAAAUCCAUGGCCGUCACCAUCGAGCAGAAGGAGGCGGCCCUGGCCCGCGCCGAGGCGGCCGAGGACGAGGCCGAACGCCAGAAGCACCUCCGCGACGCCGCCCGUGCCGACAAGAAGGCGGAGCAGACCAAGAUGAUUCUCGAAAAGGGCAUCAAGGGCCCGGCCCGGAACAUCGACCUCAACAUGGACGGCGGGAACCUGUCCAGCUUCCUGGCCUCGGACGCCGACACGCCCCGGGCCAAGAGCAAGAAGGGAUCCCGGCCCAAGAAGUCCAAGGAGCAGAAGCUGGCGGAGAAGGCCUCGGCCGAGGCCGCCCAGGCCCUCCUCGAUGCCGGCAAGGAGCUUCCGGCCAAGGAGGAGGCCAAGGUGCGCAUCAAGAUCAAGGGUCGAUCCAAGGACAAGUCCAAGGACAAGGAGAAAAAGAAGGCCGACGCCGACGGCGCCGACGGCGCCAAGAAGGAUCCCGAGCAGGAGAAGAAGGACGAGGCGGCCGAGCUCGAGAAGAAGUUCACGAGCAAGGGCUACAAUCAGAUUUACGAGCAGAUCUGGCGCGACAUGGCCCGCAAGGACGUCAACAAGACCUUCAAGCUCGCCGUCGACUCGUACGCCACCAAGAGCUCGAACCUCAAGAAGACGGCCAUCCUGGCGUCCAAGGAGGCCAAGCGCUGGCAGCUCCGCACCAACAAGGGCACCAAGGACCUGCAGGCCCGCGCCAAGCGUGUCAUGCGUGACAUGAUGGGCUUCUGGAAGCGCAACGAGCGCGAGGAACGCGACCUGCGCAAGGCCGCCGAGAAGCAGGAGAUCGAGAACGCGCGCCGCGAGGAUGCCGAACGCGAGGCCGCCCGCCAGAAGAGAAAGCUCAACUUCCUCAUCUCCCAGACCGAGCUCUACUCCCACUUCAUCGGCAAGAAGAUCAAGACCGACGAGGUCGAGCGGAGCACCGACCACCCGGACGUGGCCAAGGAGAGCCACGAAGUGCGGCCGACGUCGACGCUCGACAUCGCCGAACCCGAGGCCGCCGCCGCCGCCGCCGCCGCCGCCACCGUCACCGACUUCGAGAACCUCGACUUCGACAACGAGGACGAGACGCAGCUCCGCGCCGCCGCCAUGGCCAACGCCCAGAGCGCCAUCGCCGAGGCCCAGAAGAAGGCGCGCGACUUCAACAACCAGGGCCUCGACAUGGACGAGGAGGGCGAGAUGAACUUCCAGAACCCCACGGGCCUCGGCGACGUCGACAUCGAGCAGCCCAAGCUCAUCAACGCCCAGCUCAAGGAGUAUCAGCUCAAGGGGCUCAACUGGCUCGUCAACCUGUACGAGCAGGGCAUCAACGGCAUCCUCGCCGACGAGAUGGGUCUUGGCAAGACGGUCCAGUCCAUCUCCGUCAUGGCCUACCUGGCCGAGAAGCACGACAUCUGGGGCCCCUUCCUCGUCGUCGCCCCCGCCUCGACCCUCCACAACUGGCAACAGGAGAUUGCCAAGUUCGUGCCCGAGUUCAAGAUCCUGCCCUACUGGGGCAGCGCCGGCGACCGCAAGGUGCUUCGCAAGUUCUGGGACCGCAAGCACUCGACGUACCGCAAGGAUGCCGCCUUUCACGUCUGUGUCACCUCCUACCAGCUUGUCGUGUCCGACGUCGCCUACUUCCAGAAGAUGCGCUGGCAGUACAUGAUCCUCGACGAGGCGCAGGCCAUCAAGAGCUCCUCCAGCUCGCGCUGGAAGUCCCUACUCGGCUUCCACUGCCGAAACAGGCUGCUCCUCACCGGUACGCCCAUCCAGAACAAUAUGCAGGAGCUCUGGGCGCUGCUCCACUUCAUCAUGCCCUCCCUCUUCGACUCGCACGACGAGUUCAGCGAAUGGUUCUCCAAGGACAUCGAGUCCCACGCGCAGAGCAACACCAAGCUGAACGAGGACCAGCUCAAGCGCCUGCACAUGAUCCUCAAGCCCUUCAUGCUUCGUCGCGUGAAGAAGCACGUCCAGAAGGAGCUCGGCGACAAGAUCGAGCUGGACGUCUUCUGCGACCUCACCUACCGCCAGCGUGCCUACUACAGGAACCUGCGGAACCAGAUCAACAUCAUGGAUCUCGUCGAGAAGGCGACCAUGGGCGACGAUCAGGACUCGGGCACCCUCAUGAACCUCGUCAUGCAGUUCCGCAAAGUCUGCAACCACCCCGACCUCUUCGAGCGCGCCGAGGUGACGUCGCCCUUCUCGUGCGGCCACUUUGCGGAAACGGCCUCGUUUGUGCGCGAGGGGACGAGCGUCAACGUCGGCUACUCCACCCGCAGCCUCAUCAGCUACGAGCUGCCGUCGCUGGUCUGGACCCGAGGGGGGCGGCUCUUCAAGGCGAGCGAGGACAACCGGACGGCUGGUUGGCGAAACAAAGCGCUCGGCCACCUGAUGAACAUUUGGGCGCCCGACAACGCGCGCGAGAGCACCGAAGGUGCCGACGCCUUCUCAUGGCUCCGCUUCGCCGACACGUCGCUCGGCGAGGUCUGCAAAGCGGCCCACGGCGACCUAUUUUCGCGCGCCGUCACCGAGCUGCGAUCGCGCGACAGGUUGGCACACUUGCCGGUAGCCUACGACGAGGCCGAAGGCGACGCCUUCACGCCCGUCCACGCCCUCUUCCAGAUCCGCGCUCGCGAGAACCGCCAAGCGCUCACCGACGCGACGAGCGAGGGCAUCCUCGGCCGGCUCAUGAACGUCUCCCGACAGGCGUACUUUGACUCCGGCCUGGGCCGUCUCGAGAUGGCGGGAAGACCGCGAGCGUCGGCGCCCCCAAUCCACGUCUCCUGCAGCAGCCCGAGCGCCGUGGCCGAGCGUCAGGAUGUCCUGUUCAACCUCGGCAUCCGCAAGGCGCUCUACGGCUCGGAUGCGCACGAGGAGAAGCUGUUUAUCGAAAGGAAGCUCCCGCUCAGCCUGCGACCGACCGACAGCCUGCUGCCGAAGCCCGACGGAGAGAAGAAGCGGUUCACGAACAUUGCCGUCCCGUCGAUGCGCCGCUUCGUCACGGACAGCGGCAAGCUGGCCCAGCUCGACGAGCUGCUGUUCAAGCUCAAGAACGAGGGCCAUCGCGUGCUCCUGUACUUCCAGAUGACGCGAAUGAUCGACAUGAUGGAGGAGUACCUCACCUACCGCAACUACAAGUACUGCCGCCUCGACGGUUCCACCAAGCUCGAGGACAGGCGUGACACGGUGCACGAUUUCCAGACCCGACCCGACAUCUUCAUCUUCCUCCUCUCCACCCGCGCUGGUGGUCUAGGCAUCAACCUCACGUCGGCCGACACCGUCAUUUUCUACGAUUCCGACUGGAACCCGACGAUCGACUCGCAAGCCAUGGAUCGUGCCCACAGACUCGGCCAGACACGGCAGGUGACCGUCUACCGCCUCAUCACCCGCGGCACCAUCGAGGAGCGAAUCCGCAAGCGUGCCCUGCAGAAGGAGGAGGUCCAACGAGUCGUCAUCCAGGGCGGCGGCGCGAGCGUCGACUUCUCCGGCCGUCGCGGUCCGGAGAACCGCAACCGCGACAUCGCCAUGUGGCUGGCCGACGACGAGCAGGCGGAGAUGAUUGAGCGCCGGGAGAAGGAACUGCUCGCGUCGGGCGAGCUGGACAAGCAGAAGAAGCGGGGCGGCAAGCGCAAGAAGGCCGAGGGAACGGCCAGCCUGGACGACCUCUACCACGAGGGCGAGGGCAACUUUGACGACGGCAGCAAAGCGGCUGCGUCGGGCACGGCGACGCCUGCCGAGAGCGACAUCAAGGGCAAGCGAGGCAGGGCCAAGGGUGGAAAGAGAGCCAAGACGACGAAGCAGCGUCUGGCCAUUGCCGACGGCAUGGUCGAUUUCUAG